UUCACGAGUAAAUUACUCUGAUUCUCUGAUUUUCAGAGUUGAUUUUGUGUACCACCCUUACGCCUCUGGGUAAAUUUUUUAGAUUUUAUGUUUUCUCUGAUAAGCCAGGGUUUUUUUUUGUACCACCCUGAGGGGUUUACUACCGCCGAGCUGGCCCACGUCAUAUGUUGCCAGACCCACCCUUGCUGGCAGAUAACCUUCUCUCCUAUUGGACACUAGUGUAUUUUUUACGCAGGUUUCGGCGCCACACCCGAGUUUACCACGUCGACUGUUGCCACACUUGUACUCGCUUAGACCCUCCUCCGUUCCCGAAGCGUCGACUUACCGCCCCCCCAGUAGAGCCUCUGCCGCUCCCGAGUCUAAGCAGCGACGAAUGGGAGCGUGAAAUGGAAGAGGCGGAUCUGUCGGUUGACAAGCCGGCAGAUCCUCCACCUCCGGAUCCUGUGCCCUCGUCGCCGGCAUCUGCAUCAACAUCGUCGGCUAAGAAGAGACGACGAUACCAGCAGAGACAUGUGCCCUUCGCGCCUCCUCCCAAGAUAACGCCGCCAGCAACCCCUGCCCCCGUCGUUGAAGCAGAGCGACCCCUCGCACCAACGUCGGCCGAGAUGAAGGCCAAAGCUUAUCUUGCUGCUCAGAAGAAAUAUACCUCAGAUUGGCAUGGAAGGUUUCCUUGGCUCGUCUUGGAUAAAACUGACGAUGGCUCACCCUGUUUACGUUGCAGUGUGUGCAUGCAGCAUGGCAAGCCGACAGCCCGCUACGGUCGCGAUGGGCCUGGCGGCAGGGACUUACAGAUUGGCAGCAUGCGGUGGCACGAGGAGAGCACCAAGCAUGAGGCGUAUGGAUUCAGGGAGAUGGUGAAAGCCAUGGUGGCUUUCUUGAAGGCACAGCAGAUGGAGCACAUCGACUCCUCCCCGUUCAUCGGCAUCAGCUGCGACGAGAGUACCGACCGCACCCGCGGAAAGCACCUCAUCGUCUUCGGCACCUUCUUAAAGAAGCGGCGCGUCGUCACUGAGUUCUUGAGCCUGCUCACCAUCGACAAGUGUGAUGCUGCGUCGCUCCAGUCUGUCCUGCUGGGUCACCUUGAAGGGAGUGGCAUUGAGCUUCAAAAGAUCGCCGGUAUUAGCACCGAUGGGGCAUCGGUGAUGACCGGCGAGAAGAACGGGCUCGUCGCUCGACUCCGACUGCGUAUCCCGCACCUUGUCGGUUGCCAUUGCAUUGCACAUCGGAUUCUCGGCGCAGUCAUCGUCGUCUUCAUCGAGUACAAGCACAAGCACGUUGCGCUUCUGAAGUCCUUCAAGUUCCACUUCUGCCUCAACUUCCUCGCCGACAUCCUCGCUGAGCUCAACACUCUGAACAGGUUUUUCCAGCGCCGCACGGUGGACAUCACGCUCGUCACCCAAGAGGUCGACCGCACUGUCACCUACAUCAAGCACCGAUACAUCGAGUACGGGGAGCGGUUCGGCGGCGGGCUCAACAAGCAGCUCGACAAGUUCCUCGCCCGCUACAAGGAGGGCAGGGGGUCGCUCGAGGUGCACGGCAUCGCGGCGGAUGGCUCUCCCUGCACGCACAAGUUCGAGCUCACGUUAUCGCGCAUCCCGGGACAUGCGUUCGGCGGCACUCCUUCCGACUGCGAAGACCUUUGCACGGCGUUCGCCAAGGAGACAGUGGGGUGCUUGGAGGGGCGGCUGUGGGACAUGAAGCGGAUGGAGGGGUCAAAGCUCUACAAGGUGGACCAGUGGCCCAAGAAGACAGAGGUGCGGGAGCGCCGGUGCCGCAAGUGGGCUGAACAGAAUAUGGCGCUGUUUGACAACAAGCUGCCAGGAGUCGAACUGCGAGCGAUGGAGUUGGAGCUGAAGACCUUUUGCCACAUCAUGAAGACUCAUCGCAAGGACGACGACUUCGCCCAGGGUUUGGCCAAUAUGAUGAAGACGAAGGACUGGUCCAAGUCGUACCCGAACCUGAUGCGGAUGUGGCAGGCGCUGGCGGUGUUGCCCUUGAGCACCGUCGAGUGCGAGCGCGGAUUCUCACGGCAGAAUGUCAUCAAAGGAUGGCAUCGCACAAGCCUGUGCGAUGCCACCCUUGGUGAGUUGAUGACCAUUAGCAUGCUGGACUACGACAUGGACUACCCCCAGAUCGUGGAGAAGUGGAGGCGCAUUAGGCACCGUAGGCAAGCUAGGAAUGUUGAAUUUGAGCAGGAAAUUCCCCUCUUCCCACAGCAGAAGGAUGUUGUAGAGAGCUCAGACGAUGAGAGUGUCGGAGGUGGGAGUGAGGAUGACAACGUGGAUGAUGAUUAUUAGUUAUGUAAUAUUGUGCUAUGCUUUAUUACUA